AUGAAUGGAUUUCAACUACAUGUCACUGGGCUCGGGCAAUACCUCCUGAUGUGGCUGCUGCUGCCAUUGGUGCCUGUGCCCAGGGUAGAAGCUAGGCGAUCCAGGACCUCACUACCCUGCCCUGCGACCUGCGAUCCGACGCGCUGCCCUCCGUUGCCCACUUGCUCGGCUGGAGUGGCGCCGGUGCUGGACCGCUGUCGCUGCUGCCGAGUCUGCGCGGCGGCUGAGGGUGAGGCGUGCGGCGGAGCCCGUGGCCGGCCCUGUGCGGCGGGCCUGCAGUGCCUUGCGCCUGGGAGCGUCGGCAGUUCGUGGCUCGGCACUUGUGGCUGCCCGGAGCUGGGCGAGGAAGUGUGCGGCAGCGACGGGCGCACCUAUCCUAGCCUGUGCGCGCUCCGCGCCGAGAACCGCGGCGCACGCCUCCGCGGCGCGCUCCCUGCCGUGCCCGUGCAGAAAGGAGACUGCAGGGACCCAGGGAUCGGAAGGGCAGGCCUGCUCCGGAGCAAGUACAACUUUAUCGCUGCUGUGGUGGAGAAGGUGGCGCCAUCUGUGGUUCACUUGCAGCUGUUCCGCAGGUCACCUCUCAGCUCCAAGGAUAUUCCUGCAUCCAGUGGCUCUGGAUUCAUAGUAUCUGAGGAUGGGCUCAUUGUUACCAAUGCUCAUGUCCUUACUAACUGGCAGCGGAUCCUGGUGGAGCUCCAGAGUGGGGCCCAGUAUGAAGCCACAGUCAAGGAUAUUGAUCAUAAGCUGGACCUUGCACUGAUUAAGAUUGAGCCAAAUACUGACCUUCCUGUAUUGCUGCUGGGAAGCUCAUCUGACCUUCGGGCUGGAGAGUUUGUGGUGGCCUUGGGCAGUCCAUUUUCUCUGCAGAACACAGUGACAGCAGGAAUUGUCAGUACUACACAGAGAGGGGGCAAAGAGCUGGGGCUGAAGGAUUCAGACAUGGAUUAUAUCCAGACUGAUGCCAUAAUUAAUCAUGGGAACUCUGGGGGACCUCUUGUGAACUUGGAUGGUGAUGUGAUUGGCAUAAAUACAUUGAAGGUGACUGCAGGAAUCUCUUUUGCAAUACCCUCGGAUCGAAUCCGACAGUUCUUGGCAGAUUUCCAUGAGCGCCAGCUGAAAGGAAAAGUUAUUUCACAGAAGAAAUACCUGGGUUUGAGAAUGUUGCCCCUCACUAUGAACCUUCUGCAAGAAAUGAAAAGGCAAGAUCCAGAUUUCCCUAAUGUGAGUUCAGGGGUUUUUGUAUAUGAAGUGAUUCAAGGAACAGCCGCUGAGAGCUCUGGGUUGAGAGACCACGAUGUAAUUGUCAGCAUAAAUGGGCAACCUGUUACCACUACAACUGACGUUAUUGAAGCUGUUAAGGACAAUGAUUCCCUUUCCAUCAUGAUCCGUCGGGGAAGUCAAACUUUGAUCCUGACAGUCACACCUGAAAUAAUCAAUUAA